UUUCCUCCGCCGGCGGCUCGAGUGGAGCCGGACAGGCUGGAGCGCUCUCCUGGUCGCCGGACCUUGCCAUGGAGGGCAACAAGCCGGGUGCCUCGCCCGGCAGCCGGGACGAAGGCAGUCCCAGCACCAACGCCUGCUCCCAGGCAAAGGCGUCAGCGGAGAAGGCGCUGAGCAGCCCGGGCGCCGGUGGGAGCCUCAAGGAGCAUGGCAAUUCGGUGUGUUUCAAAGUGGAAGGCAACGGCGGCGCCGAGGAACCGGCGGGGGGCUUCGACAAUGCCGACGGCGCGCGGCGCCAGUACGGCUUCAUGCAGCGGCAGUUAACGUCCAUGCUGCAGCCCGGGGUCAACAAAUUCUCCCUCCGCAUGUUCGGCAGCCAGAGAGCGGUGGAGAAAGAGCAGGAAAGGGUUAAAACUGCAGGAUUCUGGAUCAUCCAUCCGUACAGCGACUUCAGGUUUUACUGGGACUUAAUCAUGCUUAUCAUGAUGGUUGGAAAUCUUGUAAUAAUACCUGUUGGUAUCACAUUCUUCACAGAACAGACAACUACACCAUGGAUUAUUUUCAACGUAGCAUCGGAUACUGUGUUUCUGUUGGACUUGAUUAUGAACUUUAGAACUGGCACGGUUAAUGAGGAUAGCUCUGAAAUAAUACUAGACCCCAAAGUAAUCAAGAUGAAUUAUUUAAAGAGCUGGUUUGUGGUUGACUUCAUCUCAUCCAUACCAGUGGAUUAUAUCUUUCUUAUUGUAGAAAAAGGAAUGGACUCAGAAGUCUAUAAGACAGCUAGAGCACUUCGCAUUGUGAGGUUCACAAAAAUCCUCAGUCUGCUACGUUUGCUACGACUUUCAAGAUUAAUAAGAUAUAUCCAUCAGUGGGAAGAGAUUUUCCACAUGACCUAUGAUCUAGCCAGUGCUGUGGUGAGAAUCUUCAACCUCAUUGGAAUGAUGCUGCUUCUUUGCCAUUGGGACGGUUGCCUUCAGUUCUUGGUCCCAUUGCUUCAAGAUUUCCCAGAAGAUUGCUGGGUGUCCCUAAAUGGUAUGGUUAAUAAUUCCUGGGGGAAGCAGUAUUCCUAUGCACUCUUCAAAGCUAUGAGCCAUAUGCUUUGCAUUGGAUAUGGAGCCAGAGCCCCCGUGAGCAUGUCAGAUCUCUGGAUAACCAUGCUGAGCAUGAUUGUGGGGGCCACCUGUUACGCAAUGUUUGUUGGACAUGCCACAGCCCUGAUUCAGUCUUUGGAUUCAUCCCGACGUCAGUAUCAAGAGAAGUACAAACAAGUCGAACAGUACAUGUCCUUUCACAAGCUACCUGCAGAUAUGCGUCAAAAAAUCCAUGAUUAUUAUGAGCACCGUUACCAAGGCAAGAUCUUUGAUGAAGACAGCAUUCUGAAUGAACUCAAUGACCCACUUCGGGAGGAGAUUGUCAACUUUAACUGUCGUAAACUUGUUGCCACCAUGCCUCUGUUCGCCAAUGCUGACCCGAAUUUUGUAACAGCCAUGCUAAGCAAGUUGCGCUUUGAAGUGUUUCAACCUGGAGAUUACAUUAUCCGAGAAGGAGCUGUGGGGAAGAAGAUGUAUUUCAUUCAACAUGGGGUCGCUGGUGUUAUCACUAAAUCCAGUAAAGAGAUGAAGUUGACUGAUGGCUCCUACUUUGGAGAGAUCUGCCUUUUGACUAAGGGCCGUCGCACUGCUAGCGUGAGAGCAGACACAUAUUGCCGCCUAUAUUCUCUCUCUGUGGACAACUUCAAUGAAGUUUUGGAAGAAUAUCCAAUGAUGAGGCGAGCGUUUGAAACAGUGGCCAUUGAUAGAUUAGACAGGAUAGGAAAGAAGAAUUCAAUUCUACUCCAGAAAUUCCAAAAAGACCUCAAUACUGGUGUUUUCAACAAUCAGGAGAGUGAAAUUUUGAAACAGAUCGUGAAGUAUGACCGAGAGAUGGUACAGACUGUUGGGACAGCAAAUUAUUCGCAGACACCCGCUUUGAAUUCAAGCCCUUCAGCUACCACUUCAUCAAUGCAAAUGAGGACACAGACAACACCUGUCUAUGCUGUGACCAAUCUCUCCCAUGGGAGCUUGAAUUCAUCAACACCGAGCACACAGACACCUCAACAGGGUGUAGUUUUCUCACCAUGCUCCUACCCUUCUGCGGUCUGUAGUCCUUCAGUACAGAGUCCUUUAGCUGGCCGAACUUUUCAGUAUGCAACUCCUACUGCUUCACAGUUGUCACUGCUACAGCAGCAGCAGCAGCUGCAACCACCACAGCAGCUGCAACAACCACAGCAGCUACAGCAAAUGCCCAGUGGGUCACAGAAGAGCGACAUCCAUAAGAGUACACAAACUCUUCACAAUACUAGCCUGACAAGAGAAGUACGGCCCCUGUCAGCCUCACAGCCUUCUUUGCCCCAUGAGGUCUCUACUAUAAUUACAAGACCACAUCCAACAGUAGGAGAAUCUUUAGCUUCCAUUCCACAGCCAGUGUCUGCUCUUCAAAGCACAGGAAUCCAGGGUGGCAGUAAAGGCACAGUCCCCCAGAGAGUGUCCCUCUUCCGACAGAUGUCUUCAGGAGCAAUUCCACCAACACGAGGACCGAUGCCAUCUACAGCUGGACCACAAAAAGAUACUUCCACAGUCUUAAACCCUGAACUAGAGGGAGAUAAACCACGGUUUGCUUCAAAUCUAUGAUUCAUGUGGCCUGAAUAAAGCAGAAGCAUUGAAACAGACUGAAGUUAUUCGAGGACACUUGUUAGAACUUAAUUUUGCAUAGUUCCCAGCGGUCUACAAAAGAAAAAGAAAAUUGUAGACAAACUUAACCCACAAAAUUGAAUGUACAAUGUAAAGACAGAUAGUCAGAAGGGAAAAAAAGAGAGAGAAAUCCAAAUGGCGUCUCUUGUCUUUGUUUCUUAUAAACAAUUCAGUCUAAAAACAGUUGUAAUAUUUAUUUUUAACUUAGUUAAAAAUAUAAAGUUUCCCGAUUUGAAUCUAUAUUUUUUAAGAAAUGACAGUAUUAUGAAUUCCAGGAACUAAGCCAGAAAAUAAGAACAGCUUUCUCAGAAUACAUGCUAGCUUGGAAUAGCGCCUCUAAAACAGUGAUUUUUAACCUUUCUUAGUCAACUAUAAUUGAGUUGUAAUUCCUAUUUUAGACGUACAGAUUAUUUUUUUGGUGCUUUUACGUUAAGGCUUAGAUUGAAGGGUCAAUGAAAUUUUUACUGUCUACAAAAAGUAGUAAGAACAGUAAAUAGUGAAGACUCACUCAUCUUGUUGUAAAUAACUUUUUAGACCCAAGUAAUAAUAACAAAAAAAAUAGCUCCUGUGUGUUGUAUCAUUGCAAAGUAUUUGUUUAGAAAUUUAGUUUCAGCUACUCAUGCCAAAAUGUAAACAUUUAAACAUUUUUACAAGAUAUAAAAUACAAUAUAAUUGUAAUGCAAUGGCUUGCAUUCUAAAAUGCUACUUUUACAUGCAGUGUUUUUAUGCAGAUUUGUAUGUUUGAUCCUGCUAUGUGUAUUUCAGCAAUGCUAUUAUAUUUUUCUUCUUUGUCCUGGACAAUGUAAGAAAUAUUCCAUGCAUGUUCUGACAUAAUAGAUGGGGAAAGAGAGGGACAGAAAAAUAACCAAGAGAUGAACCAGAAAUAUCCUGUGCCCUCAAAGCAACUAAAAGAUUCAGUUAGCAAUAUUAGAAGAAGUGGAGAAAAGGAAUAUUGAUAAAUGUGAAUGUACGGUUUUUACAAUUCAUUUCCUUUUAUGCUGAUUUUGAAUCUAGAGUUAAAGAUUAGAAGUAUUUUAUUUCAAUUGAUUGAAUGAAUUGUUUUAACAAUGCUUCAGUUAGUCUUUCAUAUGUGUACUGUGUCCUCACUGUAACUCUAUAGUUGAUUGUAGCAAUCUUUUUUUUAAAGAAGUAUAUUAUAGCAUCCUGUUUGUUAGGAAAGCACACAUUCCAGUAUAUAGUGUAAUAAUUUGGACAACAACAUACUCUAUUACACCAGGUAGCAUUGAAAAUAGAAAUGAUAUUUUUCUUUCUUUUUGACUUCUAAUGUCUACACAAAAGAAAGGGAGAUCGUAAUUGAAUGUGGAUUUUUUUGUAAAUCUUUUCUUUCAAUUGCUUUAUCAUGUCAUCUUAUGACUUCAGAUACCUCCUAAAGGAAUAUUUUUCAAAUGCUUAAUGUACUGAUUUAGGGCCAUUCAUUCAUGGCCUACCAUGUUGCCAGUGCUCUUAGGGGCAUGUUGUCAUCAUGGAACAUAUCUAUAUGACAUUUUCCCUUAGACAUUGGAUUGAAAUUGUAAUUUGGGUUGGGUUUUUUUUUUCUUUUGACACUCCUGUGUCAAAGUUUACUCUUUCCCAUAGUCAGAACUAGUAACUGCCAAGGAAUUUCAAAGUUAGGUUGAGAGAGACAUAAAAGUCAACUGAAGCCAAUUUGAAGGCAUUAAUGGGAACCGCUAUUGAAGCAGGAGAAUGGUCAUGUAGCUAUUGGUAAUAUAUAAACCAUAGAUUAUCUCAGACCCUUUCCAGCAAUGUACUGAUUUUCUCUAAUCCACAAUGUAGCACUACUUUAAUGUGUAAUGUCUUCAAUAGAGUACCUUUUGAGCCUAACAUCUCAUGAUACAGUAGUUCACUGUUUUUUAAGGCACUUCUUCCCUACUUUGGAUUUUGUCCUGCAGCUGAAACCCAGAACAAACUGCUGCCUGUUAACGUUUUUCCCUCAAAUGUUAUUGUAAAAGACUAUGUGAAUUAGGCAUGAUUAUUAGUGAAAAGUACAUAUUAUUUUAAUGAAUUCCACUUCCCAACCCCAAAUUAAGUAAAUGUGGUCAUUUAUUCCAUGAAUAUGAUGCUGCCGACAGUUAAAAUAGAAUGGUGAUGAAUCCCAUGUAAGGGAUAUAAUAUUUAAAGUAUUCUAGGUAAACAGCAAAUCCAUUUAUUUUUAGUACACCAAAUCCCUGACUAUAUAUUAAUACUGAUGACAAAUUUUAUCCAAACAAUGAUGAUCUUAUCCUGGUCUUUAAACUGUUCACAGUUUACAUUUGAUAGGAGUAUAAUGGAGUUGGUAGUGAACUAUUUUUAUACAUAAGUUUAUUUUAUUUUACGUACUAUACAAAAACGUAACAUACAUGAUCUUUCAGUAAUACCAUAAAAAAAUCUUUUAAUGACUUUCUAUUAGAAUGGGCAAAAUCAAAGAUUUGUAAGUUAAUUAAAAUGUUACAGGGUAUAAAACUGAAAUUAUGUAUAUAAGAAUGUGUGUGUGUAUUUAUACAUAUAUAAAUAUA